AUGUCGGCGCGGCGGGCGUCCAAGAGCCAGCACGCGGCGGCGACGCCGAGGAUCAUCAGCCUCAACCUGGCGAGGAGGUCGGGCGGUGGGAGGCCCAGCCGGGGCGCGGGGCGCGCGCAGCCCCGCCCGCCGCCGGCGAGGCCGGUCAACCUCGGCGCGCUGUUCGAGAUGGAGCGCCGCGUGCGCGGGCUGGAGUCCGCGCCGGCGUCGCCGCCUCCGUGCUCCCGGGCAGCGCCGCGGUCGCAGGAGGACGCCGAGGAACAAGAGGAGAAGUGGCGGUUCCAAGCGGAGAUCCUCCGCGCCGAGUGCAACUUCCUCCGCAUGGAACGCGAGGUCGCGCUCCGCAAGCUCGACCGCCACCGCGGCCAGAUGGAGGCCGCGCUCAAGUCCGCCGUGGAAACGCUCGUAUCGGGGAGGAAGAAGAUGGACGGGAAGGGCGACGUCGGCGUGGCGGCGGCGCUGGACGAGGGGAUCGAGGACCUCGAGGAGAUGAUGGAGGAGCUGCGGGUGGAGAAGGAGAGCGGGAGGAGGGCGAUGAGCGGUGUCCGUGAGCUGCAGCGGAGCCACGGGAGGAACUUCGAUCGGCAGGCGUCCUCGCUCCGCCGGCGCCUCGAGAAGAUGCCGCCGGCCGACCCCGAGCCCUGCAUCAAGGACAUCCGCGAAAUCGCCCUGCCAGUCCCCGCGCCACCACCACCACCACCACCACCACCGGCUGAGCAAAGCGACGACGAUGAACGCGUCCACAGCGCCAACACCUCCGAUGUGGAAAUGCUGAGGAUGAAGAUGGAGGGGAUGUCAAAGGGCAUGCGCGAGCGGAUGGCGGAGUACAGCCGGCGCCUGGAAGCCGUUGCCUCCGGCGACAACACUGGCUGCCAGUCAAGGAAAUGCAGCAACCGGCACAGCCGAAAGGCGAGCGCGAGCAGCCAGAGAAGCUGGAGCGGGGGCAGCACAGCGAGCAACGGCAACGCGCCGUCGACCAUCGACGCCGGCCCGCACGGGCGCAGCCGCCAGAACGUGGCGGCGGAGAAGCGUCAACAGCAGCACAUGAUUAUGGCUGAAGAGUGCAAAUUGGUGGGCUCGGCAAGUUGCUGCGACUGCAGGGAAAUCGUGUGGAAGAUAAUGGAGCAAGUAAAGGCAGAAUCUGAUCAAUGGACUGAGAUGCAAGAUAUGUUGGAGCAGGUGAGGUUGGAGAUGCAAGAGCUGCAAUCUUCCAGAGAUACAUGGCAGCAUCGGGCUAUGGCUUCUGACAUCAGUCUACGCUCCUUGAAUUCUCAAAUACUGGAGUGGAAAAAUCAGGCACAAGCGUCCGAACAGCGUGUGGAAGAGCUGCAUAGGAAGAUUUCAGAGCUCGAAAGCAAGCUACACACUUUCAAAGCCCACUUACCAACCCCAGCUGCUAUUCCUAUUCCUAACCAAAACCAAUGGUCAGAUGCGUGCAAGAUGGAGAACCCAAGAGCAAAGCCUCAGCACCAGCGAUCCCAGGAACCCGGCAAGGAGGAGAUCAAGAAGCACGUCCUCAUCUGCCGCGUGAAGCACUCACCCAGCAGCGUGCUGCCGAAGCGGUCGCCAUUCCAGGAUAUCGGCAACAUCAGCUUGCCGCGGCAUCGGUGA